GUAUAUGAUUUCAGUAGUUUCUUUUCCGCAUAGAUCUAUAAAAAUCUACAUCAAAAACCGAUGUCACUUGAAAGACUUUCAUUAGAUCAGAUUCUACUGAAUAGUUCUGUUGUUGCUGUUAGUUUGGAAUUCUUAAAAGUAUUCUUUAUAUAAUCUUAUUAUGAUUAAAAUACUAGAUAGUUUAUGUAAAACAUUAAAAUGAAAAAUACUUUUUUUCAUUUAUUGAGAAAAUAAUUUUAGACUGAUAUCAAUUUUAGACCAGCAUUGAAAACCUGGAAGAACUGGACAGCCGUUUCGUUCAAGUAUAGGACUCCUCAGAAGUGCACAUCCACGAUCCUGCAGGCGGGAUUCGAUUGUGAGGUAAUUACUCACUGAAGAUAAUCUAGAACGUUCGCUCAAUAUAGUAGAUUAGUUAAAGUUAAAUAUUAACACCGUUGGAUGCUCGCCUAGUGAUCUAAAGGUUAGGCGUUCGUGCACGAGACCAUAGGUCUAGGGUCUGCCUCUCAUGUGUGGGAUCGUGGGUGCGCACUUCUGAAAAGUCUCACAUUAGAACGAAAUGGUUGUCUAAUGCUUCCAGGAUUUAAAUGGUGGUCUAACACUGAUUCAUUCAUGAUAUCAAUCGAAGGUAAAAAAAUUUUCCACAACCCCUUACUAAUAAAAAUAAUUUGUUUCACUUUUCUAUCGUUACAUUCUUCAUUGAUAUCUAUACAUGUAAACAUGCACAUAGAUAACCAUAAAUUUUAAUAAAAUCAAUCAUUUGUUGGCAUUCAUUUGAUCUCAUUUUUUCUUUGUAUACACAACAAUCAUUCUCUUUACUUCAAUGUUUAUUGAUUGAAUUUUGUAUUAUGAAACAGAUUUUUGUAUUAAGAAUUGUAAGCAGUUUUUGUUUUAAUACCAUGGAUACAUAUGCUUAUGUGUGUGUGUGUAACCACAAUAAAAUACAUUUAUUUCAGAGUGUGAAUAUACACAGUUUAUAAGCUGAUUGAUUCAUCUAGAAUUUAUUCAUUCGAUUUCAUACAAUCAACUAUAUUCAUAUCACCAUAUUACUAAGUGAGUAAACUAAUGAUUUUUGGUUUCCAAUAAAUUUGAUAAUUAUAUUAUAUUGUAAAUCCUACCUUGUACAUGAACAUUGUUAAAAUACAGUUAAUCUACUAAAAAGGCAAUAAUAAUUAGCCAAGGUACUGUAGUGAACAAUAACACAUGCUGAGACAAUCAAAUGAGGAGUCCCAUACUAAGACGAAACAGCCGUCCAGUGCUUCCAGGUUUUCCAUGGUGAUCUGGCUUAAAUUGACUCAUGAUUUCAACUAUUGAAAAUACACUUAGUCUACUAAAAAGUUAAUAAUAAUUAGCCAAGGUACUGUAGUGAACAAGAACACAUGCUGGGACAAUCAAAUGUACUUUAAUGCAAAAUUACAGAAUUUUCUACUGAAUUCUGAGAACCAUACAGUAAAUACUCCAUUUGCGAAAUGACAUUCAGUUGUCUCAGACUUGAUUGUUCCUUUGUUUUCACAUAAAUCAUUCUCUAUUCUCGUUCUUUUCUCUUCAAUCUUCUUAACCUUCCACCACUAAAUAUUUCACUUUCCAUUGAUGAUACAUACUACUUACAUCUAUCGACAUCAGUAGCACACACCACAGUAGUAAUUAUCAUCUUUUAUCAAUGUACAUCUCUCAGAAAUGUUUACACAGAUUCUAAAACUCAGAUUACAUUUAUUAUCUACUAUUUAUUGAUGACAAAACUUAAUUAGAUGAUCAAACCUUUUGAUUAAAUAUUAAAAUAUAUCUAUUAUAAAAAAUAAGUAGUUUAUGAAGUGUUGAAAUAAACUUAGAAUACGUAUACCUAAUAUUUCUAGAUUAAAUGGACUAGUUAUUAGUAUCAUACUUUAUGUAUGAUUACAUUAUCUUUGGAGAGUAACUGCCUCAAAUUUGAAUCCAGCAUGUGGGAUCGUGGAUGUGCACUACUGAAGAGUCCCAUAGAGUUAAAAUAUGAAAUGAUUAUAAUGGAUUAUAUAAUCUUGAUUUGAUCUUUGUUCUAAGUUAAUUGUAAAUAUUCCUAAUAGUUCAAUGUUUGAUUAUUUUGGCAAUUAAAAAAAACUUGAUUUGGUUCAAAAUAAUUUUUGAUUGAGCCUUCAAAGAUGAGAAAAAACAUAUAGACAAAAUCAAUGUUCGAUCUCAUGAACCUGUUAUUUUACGUUGCAAUUAUAGUGAUAAUUUAUUGAUUACACUAAAGAACUUGUUACUAACCAUUAUCCUGAGUCUAUUUAACAAAGUUGAGCUAAAUAUUUUAAAAAUUUGUAUGAAACAUAAUACUUCUAAACUAUAAAAAUUUAUGGCAGAAGGAUUUUCUUUACAUUAAUUCCAAACUAUCGUUAACGUUUCUGAAGUCUAAUAAUCAAUCAUGUGAUUAACAUUAUAGGAGUCUAAUCCAAAAGAUCUUUGCUGUUGAAAGAAGAAAUUCCGUUACGGUAUAAUAAAUCAUCAGUUUAUUUCAUGAUUCCUAAAACAAUAUUUGUGUUCUAUUUUUUGGUAUGAAUCUUAAUUUCUCAUAGGUUACGCUCCUAAGUCUUCAAGACUACCGCAAACUCAAUUUUCUUAUCAGGUCCUUCAAGAAUAAGUAUCCAUCCAUAGUGUAGGCAACCGCAUUAUGAUAGCCGCCUUCACACCUCUAAUAGCAUUUGGAAAUGUUUGGAGGCAUAUGUUUUUGUUAUUCCGAAAUACAUUUAUGAUUUUUUUUGAAAAUUAUCUAAUAAACUAGGAAAUAAUCUAUAAAGUUAAGCUUUAUCGUGCUUUCAGAGAACUAAUUAAACAAUUAAGAAGCACUAACGAAAAGUUGUUUCACUAUAUUUUUCUUUGUUUUUCGACUAAGUAUAAUUGAAUGAAUAGAGUUGUGCUAAAAAGUGCCAACAAUUAAGAAAUCUAAGUAAUAUACCAUAUGGAAUACCUUUGUAUAUAAGAAAAUGACAGGAACUAUUGGAAUAGAUUUUCUAAUGAUUAAACAAUUUACCAAUUUUUAAAACAAUCUAAAACACUAUCGUAUUGUGAGUACCAUGUUGAUGUUGCUUCUUGAAUAAUUACCAUCUUUUUUUAACAGAAUGGCUGUAAUGUAUAUACUUGAAAAAGAAUUCGACAGUAUUGAUAAAAAUUCUGAUGGAUGUUUAAGUAGAGCCGAAAUUAUUAGCUGUUUGGAACGUUUUGGUUUUCCUAAAAGUAAAGCUGAAGAAGUUAUCAAACUAUAUGAUGAAAAUAAAGAUGGGAAAAUAUCCAAAAAUGAAUUCAUGAAAGCUACAAAUAAGAAACUUUCACAAUCAGAUGUAUCAUGUGCUGCAUUAAGGAAAAUAUUUCGUGAAAUGGAUCGAAAUAAAGAUGGAACUAUUUCAAAAGAAGAAAUAAAAAAUUACAUGAAAAGUGAUUGUAAUUUUAUAUUUCCUAUACAAGUUGAACAAUGGGUUGAUAAAUAUGAUAAAAAUAAAGAUGACAGAUUAAAUUAUGAAGAAUUUAUUGGAUUUGUUUCAGAAUAUUUGUAAAUAUAACUUUGUUUUGUUUGCAUAAUCAAUAUUAUCAUUGUACUAAUUUUCAUAUUCAAUAAGCAUAUUUUAGCAAAUGAC